UUUCCCAUAAACAGAGAUCAGCAACACCAGACACUUCUUCAGUUACCACCAACACAUAAUGAUUCCUCCUCCUCCUUCUUCGGCUUCUUCUCCACCAUCCGGUAAAUUCACGUACGAUGUGUUCCUCAGUUUCAGAGGUACAGAUACCCGCACAAACUUCACGGACCACCUUUUUACUGCUCUCUUGCAGAAAGGGAUACACACGUUUCGAGAUGAUGAGGAACUUGUGAGGGGGGAGUCGAUUGCUCCCAAUCUCUUGAAAGCAAUCGAAGAAUCAAGAUAUGUGAUUGUUGUUUUCUCACCAAACUACGCCGAUUCUGCAUGGUGUUUGGAUGAGAUUGCCAAGGUCGCGGAUUGCAUGAAAGAAACGGGACAAAAAGUCCUUCCAGUGUUCUACCUUGUUGAUCCAUCUGAGGUACGGAGACAAACAGGCGAUCACUUUGGGAAAGCAUUUGAGAAGCAUCAAGACCGGUAUAAAGCGGAACCAGACAAAGUACAGAGGUGGAAAGAUGCUCUAUUUCUAGUAGGCAAUCUCUCUGGAUGGCACCUGCAAGAUGGGUCUGAAUCUAAAGUAAUUCAAGAAAUUGUAGAAAAGGUUUUCACUGAGUUGAAUAAAAUAAUCUCCACAUCUGAGGGCUUAGUUGGGAUGGAUACACACCUGAAUGAACUGUUCCCCUACUUAAACAUUGGGGGUCUCCAUGUUCGCAUCAUAGGAAUUUGUGGAAUGGGUGGUAUCGGGAAAACUACUAUUGCACAAGUGGUUUUUGGAAGGCUAAGAGCUCAGUUUGAAGGUGAUAGCUUUCUUGAGAAUGUUAAACAUGAAACUGAAAAGCAGGGUAGUACAAUUCAUCUACAAGAGAAACUUCUCUUGAACUUGCUGAAUACUAAUGUCAAUGUACAAAACACUAAAAUGGGAAAAGACAUUAUUAAGCAUAGACUAUCUACUAAAAGGGUGCUUGUUGUUCUUGAUGAUGUGGAUCAAGAUAUACAAUUGGAAACAUUGUGUCACCGUACUUGGUUUGGUCCGGGGAGUAGAAUCAUAAUAACAUCCAGAGAUGAACACUUGAUCAGUGCAUUUGGAGCAGAUAAAGUAUACAUGGUGAAUGCAUUAACUGAUACUGAAGCUUUUGAUCUCUUUUGUUUGAAAGCCUUCAAUGAAGACGAGAUUGGAGAAGAUUUUCUCAAGUUAUCCUAUGAAUUUUUGAAAUAUGCUAACGGCCUUCCAUUAGCUAUUAAAGCUUUGGGAUCAUCUGUUUGUGGCAGAAGUUUAAAGUUAUGGUCAAGUGCAUUGAAGAGACUUGAAAAAAAUCCUCCAAAAGGAAUUAUUGAUGUUCUUAGAGUUAGUUUUGAUGGAUUAGAAGAAACAGAAAAGAAAACUUUUUUAGACAUCGCGUGUUUCUUUAAAGGAGUGAACAAGGAUCGUGUAAUAAGAAUACUAAAUGGUUGUGACGAUGACGGUGUGGAGAUGGAUGUACAAGUUCUUAUCGACAGAUCUUUGGUAACUCUAUUUGGAACAAAAUUGUGGAUGCAUGAUUUGAUACAAGAAAUGGGUCGGGAAGUUGUUCUUCAAGAAUGCCGUGAAGAGCCUGGAAAACGUAGCAGGUUGUGGCUUCCCAAAGAAAUCAUCCAUGUACUUGGUCGGGGUAAGGCGACCAGUGCAAUUGAAAGCAUAUACCUGGUAUGUCCAACAGGAGACGAUGUUGUUCAUUCAAUUGAUACUGCCUUCUCAAAAAUGGACAGAUUGAGAUUGCUCAGGAUUAAUAAUGUGAAGUUUUCUGGAAUCAUCAAAUAUCUUUCUAAUGAGUUACAGUAUCUAGAAUGGCAUGAGUGUCCUUAGGAUUCUUUCCCGUCAGACUUUCAACCGGAGGAACUUGUUGAAGUUCACUUGCUUUUUAGCCACAUCAAACAACUAUGGAGGGGGAAAAAAGGGUGGAGCAUGCUGCGGCAUUUAGAUCUGAGUGGUUCACCAUACUUGAUAUCGAUGCCAGACUUCACUGAAGUUCCUGAUCUAGAAGUGUUGGCGCUUCAGCGUUGUACAAGUUUGGUGGAGGUUCACCCAUCUCUUGGAUUUCUGAAGAAACUUAGAUGUUUGUAUAUGGAAAGUUGCACGUCUAUUGAGAGCCUUCCACCCUUCACUACCUUGGAAUCCCUUCAAAUAUUGAGGCUUUCAGGCUGUUCAGGACUGAUGAAGUUUCCAGAAAUUGAAGGAAAUAUGAAAAGCUUGCUGGAGCUUCAUGUGGCUGAGACCAGCAUUGAGGAAUUGCCUCCAUCAAUUGAACACUUCACUGGUCUUACCAUGUUGAAUCUAACACACUGUAAAAAUCUUUUGCGUCUUCCGAAUAACAUUGGGUGCUUGACAUCUUUG